AUGGCAAAGAAGGAAGUUGUCUGGCUUGGUACACCAACAGAGGCGGAUGGAAGUGAACUUUCCUCACCGUUCACGUCAAGGAUUGGUGGUUCAGCUGUUUUGUUUCGAGAGGCACCAACCUAUAGCAUUUUCAACUGUCCUAAAUGUAGGAGUUCCCGGUGGGUAUCACUGCUGACACAAAUAUAUGCACCCCUGGAUGUGUACGACCGUAUAGUGUACGUGCUUAUUUGCUCUUCCUGCAGCGAAGGAAAAGGUAGUUUCUGCUUUGCAGUCCGUUCACAGAACUUCAACCCAUCUUAUGUCCAGUCUUCACCUGCCCCUGUUGUUGGCGGUGGGGAAGAUGAGGGCAUUACAUUUGUAGAAGAUGGUGACUGGGGUGAUGAUGAUCCUAAAUACGUGGACGAGGGUCCCAAUGAAGUAUGCAUUACAAACCUAACCUGUACGACGAUGGCGGAUGAAUGUAAGGUGGGCUCGCCAACUCAAUCCACUGAUGUCUCUUCGGUUCUUGUGCCCCACGGGACAAAAGUUCCUGUUGAGGGUUUUUGCUAUCCGUGUUUCGUGCUCAAUAUAUUUGAAGAACCACCCAAACCGAAGCUAUGCUACGGCACUGUCCCAGAUCAGUUGCUCAAGGCGCAACAGACGUACGGCGAAGAUGCUGUGGAAACAACCGUGGUCGAGGAUGAAGAUGAACCUUUGGCGGAAAAACUUCUGAGGAAGUAUGUGGACCGAAUAGGUAGGGUUCCUUCUCAGUGUGUCCGAUGGGGGCCCGGCCAAAAGCCGCUGCGCUCUUCCCCAGCUCCGAUAGUUAUCCCGAGAUGCCCCCGUUGCUCGAAUGAAAGACGGUACGAACUACAGCUCACGUCCCCAAUCAUUUAUUUUUUGACUAAGGGAAAAGAGGAGAAGGAUCAUUCUCUUCAUUUUGGGAGCGUGUUGGUAUACACGUGCGGUGGAAACUGCAAUGUACAACCCUACUCACUGGAGCACUGUGUCGUUGAGGACGAAGUGUAG